AGGAGCUGCCUUCACCGCAGUCACGCCCCUUCCUUCCGUGGAGCUCUCUGGCUGCCCAAGCUGGUAGACCCCCUGAUUCAUUCCUCCGUCUCUGCUCUCUUUCGCCUCUUCUUCUCUUAGUUCUCACCGCCCCCUGCUCCCCCGCCUCCAGUCUGUCUCGCCUCCGACCAUCCGCUGCUCCACCCUCCGGCCCGGUAUCCAGCCUGUCCGCUGCCACUAAGAAGAGCCUGGACGGAGUGCAAGGAGGGGAGCAGCCGGGAGUUGGGGCUUCCCCCCGCCCAUCCCUGGCCUUCGGCCUGGGACCAAAGCCACUUGAGGGAGCAGAGAGUCGUCACCUGGUCUUCGCUGCCUUCAAGGGUCAAGGGCAGCCCAGGUGCCCAAUUUCUCUCUCUCUUCACAAGGCACCACCAGCAAUAGAGAUGAGAAAUUCUGAAGAACAACCAAGUGGAGGAACCACGGUAUUGCAGCGUUUGCUACAAGAGCAGCUUCGCUAUGGCAACCCUAAUGACAAUCGCAACCUGCUUGCCAUACACCAGCAGGCCACAGGGAAUGGCCCUCCUUUCCCCAGUGGCACUGGGAACCCAGGCCCUCAGAAUGAUGUGUUGAGUCCCCAAGACCACCACCAGCAGCUUGUGGCUCAUGCUGCUCGACAGGAACCUCAGGGGCAGGAAAUCCAGUCAGAAAACAUCAUCAUGGAGAAGCAGCUUUCUCCUCGAAUGCAGAAUAAUGAAGAACUCCCCACCUAUGAAGAAGCCAAGGUCCAGUCCCAGUACUUUCGAGGCCAACAGCAUGCCAGUGUUGGAGCUGCCUUCUAUGUCACUGGAGUCACCAAUCAGAAGAUGAGGACGGAGGGACGCCCAUCAGUUCAGCGGCUUAAUCCGGGGAAGAUGCACCAGGAUGAAGGACUCAGAGACCUUAAGCAAGGACAUGUUCGCUCCUUGAGUGAACGACUAAUGCAGAUGUCACUGGCCACCAGUGGAGUUAAAGCCCAUCCACCAGUUACCAGUGCUCCCCUUUCCCCACCACAACCCAAUGACCUCUACAAGAAUCCCACAAGUUCCAGUGAAUUCUACAAGGCCCAAGGGCCACCUCCCAGCCAGCAUAGCCUGAAGGGCAUGGAACACCGAGGCCCCCCACCAGAGUAUCCCUUCAAGGGCAUGCCACCCCAGUCUGUAGUGUGCAAGCCCCAAGAGCCAGGGCACUUCUAUAGUGAGCAUCGUCUGAACCAGCCAGGGAGAGCAGAGGGGCAACUGAUGAGGUAUCAGCAUCCCCCUGAGUACGGAGCAGCCAGGCCAGCGCAGGACAUCUCAUUGCCCUUGUCAGCCAGGAACUCUCAACCUCACAGCCCUACUUCUUCCCUCACGUCUGGGGGUUCCCUGCCCUUGCUGCAGUCUCCACCAUCCACUAGAUUGUCUCCUGCCCAACACCCCUUGGUUCCAAGCCAAGGAGAUCACUCAGCUCACCUGCCUAGGCCGCAGCAGCAUUUCCUUCCUAACCAGGCUCACCAGGGUGACCAUUACCGUCUCUCCCAGCCUGGCCUGAGUCAGCAGCAGCCGCCGCCGCAGCACCACCACCAUCACCAGGCACAGCAGCCGCUGCAGCCAGGAGAAGCCUAUUCAGCUAUGCCUCGGGCCCAGCAGUCAUCGGCUUCUUACCCGCCAGUGCCCUCGGACCCCUUUGCCAUUGUCUCCAGAGCCCAGCAGAUGGUUGAGAUCCUCUCAGACGAGAACCGGAACUUGCGGCAGGAGUUAGAAGGGUGCUACGAGAAGGUGGCAAGACUGCAGAAGGUGGAGACAGAAAUCCAGCGGGUCUCGGAGGCAUAUGAGAACCUUGUAAAGUCAUCCUCCAAAAGAGAAACCCUGGAAAAAGCCAUGAGGAACAAGCUUGAAGGAGAGAUUCGAAGGAUGCAUGACUUCAACAGGGAUCUGAGAGAGCGUCUAGAGACUGCCAACAAGCAACUUGCGGAGAAGGAAUAUGAGGGUUCAGAGGAUACGAGAAAAACCAUCUCUCAGCUCUUUGCGAAAAAUAAGGAAAGCCAGCGGGAGAAGGAGAAGCUGGAAGCGGAGCUGGCCACUACCCGUUCUACCAAUGAGGACCAAAGGCGACACAUCGAAAUCCGAGACCAGGCCCUGAGCAAUGCCCAGGCCAAGGUGGUAAAGCUGGAGGAAGAGCUGAAAAAGAAGCAGGUGUAUGUAGAUAAGGUAGAGAAGAUGCAGCAAGCCCUUGUGCAGCUCCAGGCAGCAUGUGAAAAACGUGAGCAGCUAGAGCACCGUCUCCGGACACGACUGGAGAGAGAACUGGAAUCCCUCAGAAUUCAGCAGCGCCAGGGCAGCUCUCAGCCCACCAAUGUCUCAGAAUACAAUGCCGCUGCCCUGAUGGAGCUCCUUCGUGAGAAGGAGGAGAGGAUACUGGCCCUGGAAGCUGAUAUGACUAAAUGGGAGCAGAAAUAUUUGGAGGAGAACGUGAUGAGACAUUUUGCUCUGGAUGCUGCAGCAACCGUAGCUGCUCAGAGGGACACAACAGUUAUCAGCCACUCUCCUAACACCAGCUAUGACACAGCUCUAGAAGCUCGCAUCCAGAAGGAGGAGGAAGAAAUCUUGAUGGCUAACAAGCGUUGCCUUGACAUGGAGGGCAGGAUUAAGACCCUCCAUGCCCAAAUUAUUGAGAAAGAUGCCAUGAUAAAAGUACUUCAGCAGCGUUCCCGGAAGGAGCCAAGUAAGACAGAGCAGCUGUCAUCCAUGCGGCCAGCAAAGUCUCUGAUGUCCAUUUCCAAUGCUGGAGCAGGCUUGCUCUCCCACUCAUCCACCCUGACUGGCACCCCCAUUGUAGAAGAGAAGCGGGAUGACAAGAGCUGGAAGGGGAGCUUAGGUAUUCUCCUGGGUGGGGAUUACCGUGCUGAGUCUGUCCCUUCCACGCCCUCGCCUGUGCUGCCCUCCACUCCCCUGCUCUCUGGUCACUCCAAGACAGGCAGCCGAGACUGCAGCACCCAAACUGAACGGGGCUCGGAUGCAAACAAAACUGCAGCUGUUGCUCCCAUCUCUGUUCCUGCUCCAGUUGCUGCUGCUGCCACUGCUGCUGCCACUGCUGCCACCACCACCACCACCAUGGUAGCUGCUGCUCCAGUUGCUGUUGCCGCUGCUGCGCCAGCUGCUGGCACCACCACCCUGUCUCCAGCAACUGCUGCUGCCGCUGCUCUUGCUGUGCCUGUUUCUCCAGCUGCUGCCUCUGCUGCUGCUGCUGCUGCUGCUGCUGCUCCUGCUGCUGCUGUUGCUGCUGCUGCUGCUGCUGUUCAGGUUGCUUCAGCUGCUCCGGCUCCAGUUCCAGCUCCAGCUCUACCUCCGGUUCCGGCUCCAGCAGCGGCUCAGGCUUCUGCUUCGGCUCAGACUCAAGUAUCAACUCCAGCUCCGCCUGCAGCUGUUACUUCAGCUCCAGCUGCAGCUCCAGCUUUGGCUCAGGCUGAGGCUUCUGCAAGUCCAGCGGCCGGGUCUGGACCACAUCGUUUGUCUAUACCAAGUUUGACCUGCACUGCAGAUAAGACAGAUGGCCCUGUUUUCCACUCCAGCACUCUGGAAAGAAAAGCUCCCAUUCAAAUCCUGGGACAAGAGCCUGAUGCCGAGCUGGUGGAAUAUCUCAUCUAAACAGCCUAAUCAAGAGCUGCAGUUUCUCAGCAACAAUGCUUGUAAUUAUUUCUCCCAUGUUUGUUCUUAUUUUGAGGGUGAGGAUGAGGGCUGUGUGGGGGGGGGGGUUAAAGGGACUUUUUAUUGGAACAGUAUAGUACUUAAAUACCAUAUGAACUCCAGUCUAUUCUGGUACACACUUAGGCCAUACCUCUAAAGAGAGAUCAAUCAGAACAUGCUCUACAGUUUAUUGUUUGGCUUUAUACAAAUAGUGGGACUGUCAGUAGUUGGAGAUACAUCAUUGUUUUCAAUAUCCUUAAAUGUGUAUAGCAUUUCCAUAUUCCACAUCAUUUUUUAUUGAAGAGCACAGUAUGUUUGGAAGAUAGUGUGUAACAUGUAGUUCAGAAGUGGGAAGCCAGGGAGAACUUGAAUGUGAGCUGCUGUGUAUAGGUACAACCUAGGCAACACCUUGGGCUCAUGAAAGGGAAUAGUUUGAGGAGCUAUGUCAGCUGGAGGAAAGAUAGGGAGUAUUGGGGUGUGGAAGGGUGCUGGAGCUAAUUUUCCCGCCCAGUGUCCCAGCUACUCUGUGCCAAGAGAUUAUGUUUCUCUUCAUUUCUGUGGUGCUGUGGAAGAGGAUUUUUUGGUCCCCUCAUGGAGGCUCAUACAUUCAUAUAUAUACUCUGGAGUAAUUUAUGCAUUUGGAUAAUUAAUAUAUUGCUUUCAGAUGCUAGAGGAGUAAAUUAGCUGAAUGAUGUACAACUUCUCUCUCAUAGGGAGUUAGACCAUCUGAGGCCUGGGUGGAGAGUUGCAUAAGGUGCUGUAUGCAGACGUUUCGGGUCUGUGUGUAGCCAUGAACACAGCUCCCUUGCCUUUCCUGAGACCAAUCUCCUUGGUGUUUCUUUCUUCUCCAGCACAAAUUCAUGGGCUGGGUCACCAGUCUCAAACUGCCAAUCAUUUGCAAAACAAGGCGGCAUUUUUGUUGACAGGUCGAAAGCUUUGAAAUACUGAUGAUUACUUUGAAAUAACUCCUUCGGUUUUCUCAAGUUCUUAGCACAUGUCUUAAGAGGCAUCUUUGACUAUCACCUCCAAGGGAAUAGCAUGAGAAGCCCAAAGGACUGGGCUGCUGUGGGGGUGGGGGUGCCUGCUCAGCAGUGCCUGUUACUCCUUCCCAUAGCAGUGAGGCCAUCUUGGGGACACCUUUGGAGAGCAGCAGGAAAUGCACGUGUGGACAGGGACCAAGGAGGCCAAAGUUCUAAGCUUUGCCACAGGGCUGCCUCCAGGGACACAGAAGGGCUGCCUAUUGCCACAGGUCCCUGCUCUGUGUCACCUUUCUGUCCUUCCUUAAGGUGACAAGUCCACAGACAAUGUCAUUAAGAUAAAUUUUCAGGGGUAUGGGGGGUGGGCUAGGGGA